AUAAUAAACAUCACUCAGCUCCUGCUAUUCAUCUUCCAAUCUUUCCUUUUCAAUAUCUUCGCAGUCUCUAACUACGACGACUUACCGCAGCCAACCAUGACCUCAACUCGCCCAGUCUUCCUCAUAAUCCCAGGUGGUUCCCAAAACCCCACCCACUACGGAUACCUCGCGCACCUCCUACAAUCCGCUGGCUAUCCUACCUCAUCAGCACUCCUCCCAUCCGUAGGAAACGGAGGCAAAAUUUCAAUCCAAGAUGACACAUCCUUCAUUCGAGACCGCAUGAUCCUCCCCUUCCUCGAGCUAGAAGGACGAGAUGUAAUCCUAAUCAUGCAUUCGUACGGCGGUGUGCCAGGCAGCGCAGCCGCACUAGGUCUUUCGAAGCGCGAAAGAGCCGCGCAAGGCAAAAAAGGCGGUGUGGUUGGGCAGAUUUUCUUUACUGCCAUGUUGCAGAAAGGUGGGGAUGGGACGGACGUUUCUACUGCUACGGGUGGGAGUUUUCCGCCGUUCUUGAAACCUGAUCGUGAGGCAAAUGUGAUUAGAUGCGACAACCCCAUUCCGGUAUUGUACCCGGAAGUACCCUCGAUUCUGGCGAGUACGGCGGCUGGAUCUACGUUGCCGCAGGGACUGGAGUCUUUUUAUACUCCGGUUCCGAGGGCAUCGUGGGAUAGUGAGUUUUUCAAGAAUCGCGUUGCGUAUAUUCGGACGGCGAAUGAUACCACUAUUCCGGCUUUUGUGCAAACGAUGUCGAUUGAGAAUGCACAGGGACCAGAGUGGGUUGUCAAGGAUAUCAAAAGUGACCAUUCUCCCCAUCUUUCGCAUCCCGAGAAAUUUUGCGAAAUUAUUCUGGAGUUGGCGAAGGGGUUCGAGAGCGUAGAUUAAG